GGUUCGAUCAGCCGAGGGCUAGCGUUUGAACUGUCAGUGCGGAGUGACAACGGCUGCUGCAAUCACCGAGGGAGGUUGGUGUAUCCCCUUUAUCGACACUGCACUCUCGAACAGAAACUAAACAAAACAAUGUCCAGUAAAAAGAUCCAGGUUGGCUCUGUGGUGGAAAUGAAAGGCGAUGAGAUGACCAGAGUUAUAUGGGAACUGAUCAAAGAGAAGCUCCUCUUCCCCUAUAUGGAGAUAAACCUACACAGUUAUGACUUAGGAAUUGAGAACCGUGAUGCUACUAAUGACCAAGUGACCAUCGAUGCUGCUGAAGCUAUUAAAAAAUAUAAUGUAGGAAUAAAAUGUGCCACCAUUACUCCUGAUGAGAGUAGGGUGAAGGAAUUCAAGUUAAAGAAAAUGUGGAAAUCACCCAACGGGACCAUCCGUAACAUACUUGGUGGCACAGUGUUUCGAGAAGCGAUCAUCUGUAGGAAUAUUCCUAGGCUGGUAUCCGGCUGGAUCAAGCCAAUCAUCAUUGGACGUCAUGCAUAUGGUGACCAAUACAGAGCUACAGACUUUGUUGUGCCUGGUCCUGGUUCUGUUGAAAUUAAAUACAUACCUGCUCAUGGUGAGCCUGUCACCUACUGUGUUCAUAAUUUUAAAGAUGGGGGAGGAGUUGCUCUGGGAAUGUACAACACUGACUCCUCUAUUAGGGACUUCGCUCAUAGCUCCUUCCAGCAAGCUCUUGCUAAAGGCUGGCCUUUAUACAUGAGCACAAAGAAUACCAUACUGAAGAAAUACGAUGGACGAUUCAAGGACAUAUUCCAGGAAAUCUAUGAAAACCAAUACAAAGCACAGUUUGAGGCCAAAGGAAUCUGGUAUGAACACAGACUAAUUGAUGACAUGGUAGCUCAAGCACUAAAAUCUGAAGGUGGCUUCGUUUGGGCCUGUAAAAAUUAUGAUGGUGAUGUACAAUCUGAUUCUAUUGCACAAGGGUAUGGCUCACUGGGAAUGAUGACGAGCGUGUUGCUUUGUCCUGAUGGUAAGACAGUAGAAGCUGAGGCAGCCCAUGGUACUGUUACUCGCCAUUACCGUAUGCACCAGCAGGGCAAGGAAACUUCAACCAAUCCAAUUGCUUCCAUCUUUGCUUGGACUCGAGGACUAGCCCAUAGGGCAAAGCUGGAUAAUAACUCUGAGCUACAGACCUUCUGUACCUUAUUAGAAGGAGUUUGUGUAGAAACUAUCGAAUCUGGUUUCAUGACCAAGGAUUUGGCUGCAUGUAUCAAAGGACUACCAAAUGUGCAACGCUCGGAUUAUUUGAAUACCUUUGAAUUCAUGGACAAGCUUUCAGAAAAUCUAAGCUUGAAACUGGUGAGCACAGAAACCUGGAGUCUGUAAACUGAUCCCCUCGACGUAGUUUUCUGCAAAAACAGCACAUUUUGCACAAUAAUAAAUUACCAAGAGUUUUUUUUAGCAUAAGACUGUAUCUACAUAAAAUUUCUUUUAACAUUUUUAAA